AUGAGCUAUCAAAGGCUAACAGAAUUUGCUUCUUCUUCAGAGAGUUCUGCUCUGAAUGAUUCGAUCAAGUUGGAAUUGUUAUCUUUUGUUAAAAGGCUUCAACAACAUCCGUUGGGCUCGGAAAUGAAUUAUCGGGAUGAGAAGAAAUUAUUUGGAAAGGCACACCGGAGUGUAUUCAGUGCAGAUUCCUUAUUGAAGAUUAUUGAGAAGGAAUGUCAAGUAGAUCAGAAAGGAGCAGAGAAAAUUGCGAAUUCCAUGAUUGAACAUGAAAUGAUCAUUUGCACUUCUGAUGGAAAGAAGAAACACAUGAUUCGAGAUGGAAAGUUAUUUAAAUUUACACAAAAGUAUUUGCCUAGAAUGGUUAUUUUGGGAGGAGGACAUGCAGGAAUCACUGUAGCUCAAAACUUGUACGAAUAUUUCAACAUUAUCCUUAUUGACAAGAAUGACGUUUCAAGUUUGAAACCUUCUCACCCCAUUGUGUUAGAAAAAGAGGAGCAUGCAGAGAAAAUUUCUGUUCAACUUUCAGAAGUGAUGAAAAAUAGGGGGACAUUCAUUCGUGGCUUAGUGAGGCAUGUGACACCCAAUGGAGUAUUCAUUGAAACAUCGAACACUACUUUUGAAUUUGACUCUUUGGAUUCUACGCAAGUCGACGACAAAAUUUCACAAAAUUGCAAAUUUCUGAAAUUUGAAUAUUUGGUCAUUGCCACAGGAUCCUCUUCUUGGAAAAACAAAUUAGAUUUUACACAAGACAACCAUCCAGAUAACAAGAUUCACUACGUAGAUCCUUACUCGUUAGAAAGUGUGAAAUCUUCCGUGCCUCUUCUCAAAAGCGACUCGACAAAGAAAAUUGUAUUGAUUGGUGGUGGAUUUAUUGGUGUAGAAUUUACUGGUUCCCUAGCCUUUUCUUACCCAAAGAGAGAAUUUAUUCUCAUCCAACGAGGUGACAUGCUCAUGAAACCUUCAGAAGCGGCACACAAGGUCGUGUCAGAUGAUUUCAAAAAAUUCAAAAAUCUCAAAGUCAUGUUCAAUUCACAAGUGACAUCUCAGAAGGAUGGAAAUACUCUUGUGGUCAAGACCAGUGACACCAAAAAUCAGCAACAAGAUGGCUCUGAGGAGGUAGAAAUUGAUUGCGCUGUUUGUUACUUGUGUAGCGGAGGUAAACCCAACACGGACAUGUUAAAAGGAUCUGUUUUUGAGUCUGUUCUGGAUGACAGAGGAUAUAUUAAGGUGAACAAACAUUUUCAACUUUUGGAUCCAAGUGACAAUACCAAAUAUUUGAGAAAUAUCUUUGCUCUCAGUGAUGUGAAUAAUUUAGAAGUUGACAAGUUAAUGCAAAAUGCCAGGCUUCAAUCAGCCACGUUUACAGACGUUGCUAAAUUACUCGUUCAACACUCGAAAGAAUCUCUGCCAUCCUAUGACGUUGAUGUGCGAGUGAAGGCAGCCAGUGUUGGUCCCAAACACGGCUUUGUGAUUAAGGAAGAAAAAGUGUUAUUUUCCUCAUUUAUGGUCAACAAAUUGAAAGGAGUUUUGGAAACGACCGUCAUGAAACAAUAUCGUAAAACGGAUUAA